AUGGUCCUUCCAGCUUUCCUCAUAGUAUCCCUUUUCACCCCAAGACGUCACAGAGAGGGAGGGCAAGCUGACUUCGCUACUGGGGAUAUCCUUUAUGAUUAUGAGGGGUGUGCCUACGUUCGAGGGCCUGAUGGUCGCAAUGUUCGAAUACCCAACUAUGAGCACGCACCGCCGUCACUGAGUGCCAAGCCGCCUUCCUCGCUGGCUGAGGAGGACUACACCUCAGUGCCACGGGCUAGAUACAUUUGA